AUGGGUCGACAAGAGGCUCACAUUGUUCAGUGCAGUUUCCGUGAUCCACACCAUCCAAUUCACAAAUAUCAUUGGUCAGGAGACUUCAUCAUUGGUGGUAUUGCAUCUCAGAUAUUUAUUGUCUCCAAGUCGAUAAACUUCACAGAAGAACCCCUGCCAACGGUUUUUGAUGAGCUUAAUGUAUUGACGAAGAAUUAUCAACACAUCCUAGCCUUGGCAUUUGCAGUAAAGGAGAUUAAUGCAAAUCCUCAGAUUUUGCCCAAUGUCACUAUAGGCUUCUACAUCUAUGACAGCUAUUACAAUGCACAGUGGACCUACCAUGUCACAAUGCUACUUAUAUACACACUAGAGAGAUUUGUCCCCAAUUAUACAUGUGGCAUCCAGAAUAUACUUGCUGCAGUUAUUGGGGGACUGGACUCUCAAACAUCCCUUGAUGUGGCAACCAUCUUGGAUAUCUACAAGAUCCCACAGCUCAUUUAUGGCUCUGCUCCGGUGAGGACUAAUAAAACUCCAGGCCUUUUCUUCUACCAGAUGGUCCCUAAGGAAGACCAUCAGCACAUGGGGAUCCUCUCUUUGGUUCUACAUUUCAAGUGGAUAUGGAUUGGAGUUGUUACAAUGGAUGAUGACAACGGGGAAAGAUUUGUGCAAGCAGUGCAUCCCCUGUUUGCUCGGCACGGCAUCUGUUUUGCCUUUGUAGAGAGGAUCCCCAAAGGGCGUGUUCUCACUGAAAAUUCAAUGUGGCAGGUAUUAAAAAUGCAUUCUAAUAUCAUGGAAAGCCAAGCCAAUGUGGUGGUGAUGUAUGGAGAAUCUUUUACCGUGACAUUUUUGAGAUACUUGCCAUUACUUUCAGAGCUAAAUGAAAACAUGACGAAUAAGCAAAAAGGCAAAGUAUGGAUAUUGACCACACAGAUGGAGCUCACUUCAUUUGUCUACCAAAGGGACUGGGAUACAGAAAUAUUCCAUGGUGCUCUGUCCUUCACCAUUCACUCCAGUGACCCAGCAGGAUUUGAAGACUUUGUAGAGAACAGAAACCCUUCCAGCACAACAGGAGAUGGCUUCAUCAGGAAAUUCUGGCAAGAUGCCUUUGACUGUGUAUUCCCAAAUCCGGUUUUGGGCAAUGUGGAGGGGCAUAUUUGCACUGGUAAUGAGAUGCUGAAGAGUCUUCCUGGACCUGUGUUUGAAAUGAGCAUGACUGGCCACAGCUACAGCAUCUACAAUGCUGUCUAUACUGUGGCCCAUGCUUUGCAUGCCUUAUCCACAUCUAGACUAAAACACAGCACAAUGACAAGCAGCAGGGGACUGACACACCAGAAUCAACCAUUGUGGCAGCUCCAUCACUUUCUGAGAGGUGUCUCAUUUAACAACAGUGCUGGGGACAAGGUUUCCUUUGGCCAGAAUGGGGAGUUAGUGGCUGGAUUUGACAUUAUCAACUGGAUUUUUUCAUCAAACCAAUCUUUUCAUAGAGUGAAAGUUGGGCAGAUAGAUCCUGAGGCUCCUCCUGACCAAACAUUCACCAUCAAUGAGGAUGCCAUAACGUGGUACAGGUGGUUUAACCAGGUACAGCCCCUUUCCAUAUGUAGUGAGAGUUGCCCUCCUGGUUCGAGCAAGAAGGUGAAAGAAGGGGAGCCAUUUUGCUGCUAUGAUUGCAUCCCAUGUCCAGAAGGGAAGAUUUCUGACCGGCAGGACAUUGAUGACUGUUUUAAAUGUGCAGAUGAGCACUACCCAAACAAAAACCGGGAUUUUUGUUUAUGCAAGAUAAUAACCUUCUUGUCUUAUGAAGAACGUUUGGGAGUCAGUUUAGCCUGUUUUGCUCUUUCUUUUUCUUUGACCACAGCUCUGGUGCUAGGAACAUUUAUGAAGCACCACACGACACCCAUUGUCAAAGCCAACAACCGGGACCUCACCUACACUCUCCUCAUCUCCCUCCUGCUCUGCUUUCUUUGUGCAUUGCUCUUUAUCGGCCAUCCGGAGAACGUGACAUGCCUCCUUCGUCAAACAGCUUUUGGCAUCAUCUUCUCAAUUGCUGUUUCUUGUGUGUUGGCAAAAACCAUCACAGUAGUUCUUGCUUUCAUGGCUACCAAGCCAGGAUCCAGGAUGAGGAAGUGGGUGGGGAAAAGACUGGCCUGCUUCAUUGUUCUUUCCUGCACCCUUAUUCAAGCAGGCAUUUGUACUGUGUGGCUGGCAACCUCUCCCCCUUUCCCAGAUCUUGACAUGCACUCAGUGACUGGAGAAAUUGUACUGGGAUGUAACGAGGGAUCUCUGACUAUGUUUUAUUGUGUCCUGGCCUACAUGGGCUUCCUUGCUAUUGUCAGCUUCAUGGUGGCUUUCCUUGCCAGGAAGCUCCCUGACAGUUUCAAUGAAGCCAAGUUCAUUACAUUCAGCAUGUUGAUCUUUUGCAGUGUUUGGUUGUCAUUUGUUCCAUCCUAUCUCAGCUCCAAGGGAAAAUACAUGGUAGCUGUGGAGAUCUUCUCUAUCUUAGCCUCUAGUGCCAGUUUGCUGGGUUGCAUCUUUUCCCCAAAAUGUUAUAUUAUUGUGCUGAAGCCUCAGCUCAACAGCAGGGAACAGCUAAUAAAGAGAAAGGAUUGA